GAUACUUCACGCGCACAUUGUAUCACCUCAAGACACUCAAGCAAAUGGUCGGGGCUUGACUUUUGCAACCCGUCUGUUCCCCGAAUCAACUGGCCAAGCUUUACGGUGUCAUUUCUGGCUUAAUAAGGAAGCUUUUAACUCGGGUCCGCCCAUUCUCUCGCGCCCGGGUCAAAUCUGCCAUCGCCGCUGCUGCUGACACGGCCUUAAGGAUAGAGCGGCAGCGAGCUUAAGAGCUUAAGAGGUCAGGAUGGACCUCUUGGGCGGUGACGUGGUGGGAACGCCAGCAGCCGCAGCGGUGCCUGCACAACAGCGAGCCGGGGUUCGUCCUUCCAUGGAUUUGCUGGGCGACGACAUGCCCGCAUCGGCCGCGCACCCAUCCAGCCCCUCAGGCGCCACAGCCGGCCUAGACUCGCCUGAGGCUGCCGACGUGCCGCCCCCCACGGAGGCAGAGCCGGAGACGCAGCAGCCACGCAUGCCUACGCUGGGGGCGCAGGACGGCGACGAGGAGGAGGACGAGGAGGAGGAGGCGGAGGAGGAGGAGGAGGAGGAGGAGGAGGAGGAGGAGGAGGAGGAGGAAGCAGCUGCUGGCGAGCCUGAGAUUGAGGCUGAGGUUGAGGCCGGGGCGGCGGGGGACGAGGAAGGUGACGACGACGACCACCGCAUAGAGUGCGGCUCCCAGUCACUGCCUAGCGAGCGCACACCGCCGGUGGAAGACGACGUCGACGGCGAUGACGACGGCGCCGCGGCCGGCGCCGACACCCCUGUCGACUCGGACCGCGAGGUCGUGGACGCGGAGGACGCGUUCGGCGACUUUGCAGACUUUACAACCGCCUCGCACUUCAUGCCCGGAGCCGGCAUCGGUGGCUUGAGCCAUGGCGCCGCCUCCACCUCCUCCGCCGCGUCCGCCUCCACCUCCGCCUCGGCGCCGCCGCCCUCCUCCUCCGCGGCCGCGGCGGCGCGCGCCGCGGCCGCAGCCGCGGCUGCCGCUGCUGGCGGCGGGUCAGGUGGUGGUGCAGGGCCUUUGGGCGGUGGCCUCAGGGGCGCGCACGGGCACCACAUGCCUGGUUACGGCGCUAGGUCGGCCGGACACGGCGGCGGAGGCGCCAGUGUGUUGAGCGGCGGCGGGCUCUCGGAGCACGGCAGUGUAGGCGGCGGCGACGUAGGCAGUGACGCAGGCGGCCACCCCUCGCCGCCACCCAGCAUCGCGCCAUCCCGCGCAGGUGGUGGCCGCAAGUCGGUGGCCUCUCUGGCUUCCGUGGGCAGCCGCGCUGGCGGCGACGACGACGUGGCUGACUACGGCAGUGUGGUGGGCAGCAGCGUUUGGCGGGGCGCGCCCUCCCACAUGGCCACCUCCUCCUACGCCGCUGCCGCCGGUGCCGAUGACGACUUCGGUGACUUCACUUCCGACAUCACCUCCACUUCGGACUUCGCGCCGUCCACGCAGCCGCCUUCCGCCGUGGCGGUGAGCGGCCCAGGCUCGGUCCAUCCGGACGAUGACUUCGGCUCCUUUGCCAGCCAUCGAAGCACGGCUGACGAUGACGAGGAUGAUUUCGGGAACUUCAACGCCGCGCCCUCGGCGGCCGGCGGCGCGGGACCCAGUGGCAGUGGUGGCGCGGGGCCGAGCGGCAGCGGCGGUGCGUUCGGAGGCGGCGCGGCGGGCGGCGUGGGGCCGUCAGGGUCUGGCGGCGCCGGGCCCUCGGGCUCCGGCUCAGGGGCCGGAGCAGGAAGUUCUUGGGCUGGCGGCUUUGCGGGCGCGGCCGCAAAUGCCACGGCGGCGGCUGGCGCCGCGGGCGUCGCCGGUUCGUCCUCUGCGUCUGGCCUGUCGAGUGCCGGUCCGUCCGGUGGCGCCGCCGGAGCCUCUGCUGCCGCAACGUCCUCCUCGGUCCCAGCGUCUGAGCAGGCGUCCGCUGAGGUGUCGCUUCUGUCGCUGCCCGCGGGCGAGCUUAAGGCGGCAGUAGUACGUGCUCUGCAGCCGCUGCUGCUGGGCGGCCUGGCCGGUGACGCCCUGGUGCCCCAACCUCCCAGUGCCCAGCAGCUGGCGGUGGCGUGGGCACAGCUGCACGGCGGCCAGACGGCGCGCGACACAGACCCGUGCCGUGACGGCGAUGACGCUGACGCGGCGGAUGUUGGGGAUGCGGCGGCGGCAAUGAGCGGCAUCCCCAUGCCGCCGCUGCCGGCUGCUGCGGGCGAGGGCGGCAAGCUGCGGAGCUACGUGCCGCAAGUCAGGUUUGUGCGGCCGCUGUGCUGGAAGGGCUCCGCCAGCGAGCGGCGGCUGCUGCGCGACCUGGGUCUGAGCGAGGCGGCGGCGCAGGCGGCGCUGGUGCAGGCGGCGGCGGAGGCCACAGGCCCGGCAGCGGGGCACAGCCACGGCCAUGGCCACCACCUGCACGGGGCGGAGCGCGGCCGUGGUGGCGGCAGUGGAGGCGGCGGCAGGCAGCUGGGCAUGCUGGCGAGCUUUGGGGAGACACCUCGCGGCGGCCGACCCCGGGCCGAGGCCAACGGCGGCGCUGGAGGCGAAGGCGCCGGGGCUGCGGGACACACCGUGGGGCUGAACGCGCGCGGCGGCGCCGCCGUUGCGGUGGCGACUGGCGGUGGCCAAGUGGCCGCGGGCGGCUCGGCCGGGUCGCUGCUGGACUUGGGCGGCACGCCGCGGGCGGGCUCAGUGGCGGCAGCGACGGUGCAGAGCUAGCGCGGCAGGGCUGAGGCAGGCGGCGUGUGCACGAUGACGCGGGUACCGCCCGAAGCGGUGUAGAGUAGCUGGGAUAUGGCUGCCCGCCCAGAGCCACCUUACGUAGUAGCUUGAUGUAGGGACGUUGUAGACUACCGAAUGACUUCGCCUGAGACGGGGUAGGCCAAUGCGCGGCACGGCAGCAGCGGGACAACUGCGGUACUGUAGCAGGCGAUCAAGCAGCGCGUCUAUAAGGUCUUCAGGAUUUGAACAGACACAGCCAGACACAGCCGCUGGCACAUAACAUACGAGUUUGGCAGGUGGACGACGUUCCAGAUGUCAGACUUCAGGGUUUU